AUGAUAUUUCCAUAUUCUCUAGACGACUCUAUUAUAACAAAACAAAAUAUCUUGUUGCUGGACAAUGUGACAAACUAUAACCAAACAGCAGUAGAUUAUUUCCAUUAUGAUUUUUCAAAAUUGUCUUUGCUAACGACAUCAUGGCAUAUUUUAACACAUAUGGGUAAAUAUAAUAUAAUGAGAUUACCCAGUUGUUCCAACGAAAUACCUGAUGAUUAUUAUGUUUAUUUGAAAAGAUUGCAUCAUUGUCUAUGGAGAAGGUGGUCUAUUUUACAGUUAAAUUUACCUAAAGUAGAUCCACUAAGUUUAAAUUGGAAUAAAGAAUGUGAUGUUACCGUUUUGUAUGGUCCUUAUUUAAAUACCGAUGUAGAUGACACUUGCACCACUGACGUUAAAGCUGAGCAUAAUGUGUACAAAGAUGGUGAUAAUUUGAAAUAUGCUUCUUAUUCCAAAGCUUUGAGCAUGAAUAAAGAAUUGAAUGUCAGUACUGGUAGUAUUAAUACUACCAAUAGUACGACAUUGUCCACUUCUCCUUCUUCCCUUAACGACUCUAUAUUUAGUAAUAAUGCCACUGCUUCUUCUGCAGAUGGCAUGUAUAAUGACGCUGAUAUAAGUAUGGAUGACUACGACGAGGAAGAAUAUAUAAAACCCAUUUUGAAAAAAGUUGCAUCAAGCAAUAGUAAUAAUAAUGUUCAUUUUGAUGAUAUAGUUUUACAAAGGGAUGUAGAUAGACAUGGUAUAUACCACGAACAUUUUAUUAAUAUAAACGAUAAAGAGAAUGAGUAUUACUACAGUUGA